AUGUCAGAGUCAGAAGAGAAUGGAGAGGGACCCCCCAAGGGGCUGCCGCCCUUCCCCGACGCCAUGGGCCAGCCCUUGGGGUGGCCGGUGGGUGAAGGCAACGGGGGUCCAGCGGGUGGAGGGACCCCCCCGGGUCACCGCCACCGGCGCCCCCCCCACCCCAAGCACAAGGGGCAAGGCUCCGGGGGGGUCCAUCGCUCCCCCCGUGCCCUCUUCUGCCUCCGCCUCAACAACCCCAUCCGCCGGGCGGCCAUCAGCAUCGUGGAGUGGAAGCCCUUUGACAUCCUCAUCCUCGCCACCAUCUUCGCCAACUGUGUGGCCCUGGGGGUCUACAUCCCCUUCCCUGAGGAUGACUCCAACGCUGCCAACCACAACCUGGAGCAGGUGGAGUACGUGUUCCUCAUCAUCUUCACGGUGGAGACCUUCCUGAAGAUCAUCGCCUACGGGCUGGUCCUGCACCCCAGCGCCUACAUCCGCAACGGCUGGAACCUGCUCGACUUCGUCAUUGUCAUCGUGGGGCAGUCCCUGGAGGAGCAGAAGCGCCUGGAGGGGGAGCUGACCGAGGAGGUGGAACUGGCCAAGCGCCGCAUCGAUGAGAUCAACAAGGAGCUCAACCAAGUGAUGGAGCAGUUGGGGGACGCCCGCAUCGACCGCCAGGAGAGCAGCCGCCAGCAGCGCAAGGCCGAGAUCAUGGACAGCAUCAAGCGCCUCUAUCCCGGCUCCGUGUACGGGCGCCUCAUUGACCUGUGCCAGCCCACCCAGAAGAAGUACCAGAUCGCUGUGACCAAGGUCCUUGGCAAGAACAUGGAUGCCAUCAUCGUGGAUUCCGAGAAGACGGGCCGGGAUUGCAUCCAGUACAUCAAGGAGCAGCGGGGGGAGCCCGAAACCUUCCUGCCCCUCGAUUACCUGGAGGUGAAACCCACAGACGAGAAGCUGCGGGAGCUGAAGGGGGCCAAGCUGGUGAUCGACGUGAUCCGCUACGAGCCCCCCCACAUCAAGAAGGCGCUUCAAUACGCCUGCGGCAACGCGCUGGUGUGCGACAACGUGGAGGACGCGCGGCGCAUCGCCUUCGGGGGCCACCAGCGCCACAAAACCGUGGCGCUGGAUGGGACCUUGUUCCAGAAAUCGGGGGUGAUCUCCGGGGGGGCCAGUGACCUGAAGGCCAAAGCGCGGCGCUGGGAUGAGAAGGCUGUGGAUAAGCUGAAGGAGAAGAAGGAGAGGCUGACGGAGGAGCUCAAGGAGCAGAUGAAGGCCAAGCGGAAGGAGGCUGAGCUGCGCCAGGUCCAAUCCCAAGCCCAUGGGCUCCAAAUGCGCCUCAAGUAUUCCCAAAGUGACCUGGAACAGACCAAAACCCGUCACCUCGCCCUCAACCUUCAGGAGAAGUCGAAACUUGAGAGCGAAUUGGCCAAUUUUGGGCCUCGCAUCAAUGAUAUCAAAAGGAUCAUCCAAGGCCGGGAGCGGGAGAUGAAGGACCUGAAAGAGAAGAUGAACCAGGUGGAGGACGAGGUCUUCGAGGAGUUUUGCCGUGAAAUUGGGGUCAGGAACAUUCGGGAGUUCGAGGAGGAGAAGGUCAAGAGGCAGAAUGAGAUCGCCAAGAAGAGGCUGGAGUUUGAGAACCAGAAGACCCGUCUGGGCAUCCAACUGGACUUUGAGCGCAACCAGUUGCGGGAGGACCAGGAGAAGGUGCUGAUGUGGGAGCAGAGCGUGCGCAAGGAUGAAGCUGAGAUCGAGAAGCUCAAGAAGGAGGAGCAGCGGCACAUGAAGAUCAUCGACGAGACGAUGGCGCAGCUCCAGGACCUCAAGAACCAGCAUCUGGCCAAGAAGUCGGAGGUGAACGACAAGAACCAUGAGAUGGACGAGAUCCGCAAGAAGCUGGGCGGGGCCAACAAGGAGAUGACCCACCUGCAGAAGGAGGUGACGGCCAUCGAGACGAAGCUGGAGCAGAAGCGCAGCGACCGCCACAACCUGCUGCAGGCCUGCAAGAUGCAGGACAUCAAACUGCCGCUCUCCAAGGGCACCAUGGACGACAUCAGCCAGGAGGAGGGUGGCCCGGCCGGGGAGGAGGCAGUGAGCAGCUCCCAGCGCUCAUCCAGCCUCUACGCCCGCGAGGCGCUGAUUGAGAUCGACUACAGCGACCUGCCCGAGGAGCUCAAGGAUGCGCAGGCAGAGGAGGAGAUCCGGCAGGAGAUGAACCAGCUCCAGCAGCGGCUGACGGAGCAGCAGAGCGUCCUCCAGCGCAUCGCUGCCCCCAACAUGAAGGCCAUGGAGAAGCUGGAGAGCGUCCGGGAUAAGUUCCAGGAGACCUCGGACGAGUUCGAGGCCGCCCGCAAGCGCGCCAAGAAGGCCAAGCAGGCGUUUGAGCAGAUGAAGAAGGAGCGUUUCGACCGUUUCACCGCCUGCUUCGAGGCCGUGGCCACCAACAUCGACGAGAUCUACAAAGCGCUGUCCCGCAACAGCAGCGCCCAGGCCUUCCUGGGCCCCGAGAACCCGGAGGAGCCGUACCUGGAUGGCAUCAACUACAACUGCGUGGCCCCCGGGAAGCGCUUCCGACCCAUGGACAACCUCUCGGGGGGGGAGAAGACGGUGGCUGCCCUCGCCCUGCUCUUUGCCAUCCAUAGCUACAAACCGGCCCCUUUCUUUGUGCUGGAUGAGAUCGACGCGGCGCUGGACAACACCAACAUCGGCAAGGUGGCAAACUACAUCAAGGAGCAAUCGGCUGCCAACUUCCAGGCCAUUGUCAUCUCCCUCAAGGAGGAGUUUUACACCAAAGCCCAAAGUCUCAUCGGAGUCUACCCCGAGCAAGGUGAUUGCGUCAUCAGCAAAGUGCUGACCUUUGACCUCACCAAGUACCCGGAUGCCAACCCCACCCCCAACGAGCAGUGACCCCCCCCUUGACCCCCUCCCCCUCCGGGACCCCCAUGGGUGCCCCCCCCCCAAUCCCCUGCAUACCCCAUGGGUGCCCCCCCCCCCCAAGCCUGGGACCCCAGGGGUGCCCCCCCCCCAUAAGCUUGGGUAUCCCAUGGGUGCCCCCCCCAAACACUUGGGUGCCCCCUCCAUAAACCUGGGUCCUUAUAGGUGCCCCCCCCCAUAAACUUGGGACACAAUGGGCGCCCUCCCCAUAAGCCUGGGUCCCUAUAGGUGCCCCCCCAGACUGCUGGGUGCCCCCCCCCACUGCAGGUAGAAUCAUGCUGUUGCUUUGACUGGACUCUAAGCGCCCCCCCCGGUCCUAUAUGACCCCCCUAUACCCUAUAUGACCCCCCCCUCCCAUAUUACCCCCCCCAUAUCCUCUAUGACCCCCCCCAUUUUAUGUCAUUUCUAUGGAUUAUGGUGAUGAUACAAUAAAGCAUUAUUGAUUCCCCC